AUGGGCUGCGUCACUGGAGAUAUUCGCCGACUUUCCGCGCUCCUCAUCGGGCUGCAGGUCCUCUACACACACGGUUUGGAGUCUCCGCGGGGGUUUGUGGAUCUGCGGUUUGUGCUGCAGCCGCAGGACGUGGUGACGGUACGGGGUGGAGUUCUGCAGCUGGACUGCGAUGCGCUGUCGGAUCAGGGCGUCCCCAGCAUCUCCUGGAAGAAAGAUGGAGUUCUGUUGAGUGCAGUAGUGGACGAGCGCAGGCGUCAGCUCUCUAAUGGAUCCCUGCUAGUGCAGAAUGUGAUGCAUUCGAGACACCACCGGCCGGACGAGGGCUCCUACCAGUGUCUGGCCUCGCUGGAAGGCAUCGGGGCCAUCGUCAGCCGCACCGCACGCGUCACCGUCUCCGGUCCUCUGCGUGUGCUGGUCUCCACAGAGUCAGUAUCUGCUCAUCUGGGGGAUACGGCUCUGCUGCGCUGCGAGGUGACGGGUGACCCCAUGCCUGUGGUGCGCUGGCAGAAGAACCGAGAGGACCUGCCCUUGACCUUUGACCCCGACAGCAGAGUGGUCAUCCUGCCCUCGGGGUCUCUGCAGGUCAGCCGGGUGCAGCCGCCGGAUUCGGCCACGUAUCGAUGCCUGGCGGAGAAUCCUGGCAGCGCCCGCACCGGCACAGAUGCAGACCUGCGCGUACUGCCCCAGGGUGUGCUGAGCUGCAGUUGCGCUCAUAACAAAGAGCCGCCUCAGUUUCUCAACUACCCGUCAAACACAUAUGCGUAUGAAAGCUCAGACAUUGAGAUGGAGUGUGCAGUGACUGGAAACCCACAACCUGUCGUCCGCUGGGUGAAGAACGGAGAGGUCGUUGUUCCCAGUGACUACUUUCAGAUCGUGGAUGGUGGUCAUCUGCAGAUUCUGGGUCUGGUGCGCUCAGAUGAAGGCUUUUAUCAGUGCAUCGCAGAGAAUGAAGCGGGGAACAGUCAGGCCAUGGCUCAACUCAUCCUGCUGCAGCCCGUUACCCCGCGCUCCGCCGUUUCUCCCUCCGCCCCUCGUGACGUGGCCCCCGUCCUCGUGUCCAGCCGAUUCGUUCGUCUGAGCUGGCGGCCCCCGGAGGAGCCCCGCGGCCCAAUACUCACCUACGGGGUCUUCUACUCAGAGGAGGGCAUCAACAGGGAGCGGUCAGUAAAUGUGACUGAGGCUGAGAGUCUGCAGCUGACGGUCAGUAAUCUCCGCCCGGAGGCCAGCUACUCCUUCAGGGUUCUGGCAUACAAUGAGCAGGGGCCCGGAGAGAGCUCAGAGGCCAUACGGCUGUCCACACAGGCUGAGCUUUUAGUUCCGGGUCCGGUGGAGAAUCUCCAGGCUGAAGCGGUUUCUCCGACCUCAAUCCAGGCCUCGUGGGAUCCUCCAGCUCCAGCAAACGGCCCCGUGCAGAGCUACCGGCUGCUGUGGACUGAGACCUCCAGCGGGAAAGAGCAGAAUGUGGAGGUGGUGGGUCAGAGCUACAGGAUGGAGGGACUGAAGAAGUUCACUGAGUACAGUUUGCGAGUGCUGGCGGUGAACCGACACGGCCCCGGGGUCUCGGAUAAAGACACACUCAUCACCACGCUCUCAGACGUGCCAAGCUCUCCGCCGCAGAACGUCUCGCUGGAGGUGGUGUAUUCACGCCUGGAGAAGGGCAGUCAGUACAGUUUCCAGGUGUCAGGGAUGACGGUGAACGGGACGGGGCCCAGCAGCGAGUGGCUGACUGCUGAGACACCUGAGAACGACCUGGACGAGUCUCAGGUGCCGCAUCAGCCCAGCUCUCUGCAUGUGCGUCCGCUCCCCAACAGCAUCAUCAUGAGCUGGACGCCGCCGCUGAACCCCAACACACUCAUCCGAGGAUACACCAUCGGCUACGGCGUCGGCAGCCCCUACGCUCAGACCGUCAGGGUGGACAGCAAGCAGAGAUACUACUCCAUAGAAAACCUCCCUCUGUUUGAUAACGUUGCGACCGCGGCCCCAGACUCGUCCUCCGCGCCCAUGAUUCCCCCUGUAGGUGUGCAGGCGGUGGCGCUGACCUCAGACUCGGUGCGCGUCUCCUGGGCCGACAACUCCAUUCCCAAGAACCAGAAGAGCUCCGAGGUGCGCUACUACUCCGUCAAGUGGAGGACCAGCCACUCCACCAGCGGCAAACACAAGUCGGCUGAUACGACAGCUCUGAGUCACACAGUCACAGGUCUGAAGCCCAACACCAUGUAUGAGUUUUCAGUGAUGGUGACCAAAGGACGCAAAUCCAGCACCUGGAGUAUGACUGCACACGCUACUACAUAUGAAGCAGCACCAAGCUCCGCCCCAAAGGACCUCACUGUGAUUGGUCGAGAGGGUCGACCACGAGCCAUUUUGAUUAGCUGGCAGCCGCCACUGGAGGCCAACGGACGAAUCACAGGGUUUAUCCUCUACUACACGCUGGAGAAGAAUCUGCCGAUAGAUGAUUGGGUGAUGGAGCCCAUCAGUGGAGACAGGCUCACUCAUCAGGUGCUGGACCUCAAUCUGGACACCGUCUACUAUUUCCGCAUCCAGGCCAAAAACGCUAAAGGAGUCGGGCCGCUGUCGGACCCCGUGCAGUACAGGACCUCCAAAGUUGAGCAUCCGGAUAAGAUGGCCAAUGAUCAAGGUCGUCAUGGAGACGGGGUGUACUGGCCCUCUGAUAAUAACCCCAUUGACAUGAGCAGCCUGAACGAGGCUCCAAUCGGGCAGAUGCGUCCCCCUCACGGCAGCGUGACCCCGCAGAAGAACAGUAAUCUGCUGGUCAUCAUCGUGGUGUCGGUGGGAGCGGUGACGGUGGUGGUGGUGCUGAUUGUGGCGCUCAUCUGCACCCGACGAUCAUCCGCUCAGCAGAGGAAGAAGCGUGCAACACACAGUGCAGGCAAGCGUAAGGGCAGCCAGAAAGACCUGCGUCCUCCAGACCUGUGGAUCCACCAUGAGGAGAUGGAGCUGAAGAACAUGGAGAAGCCCUCAGGCUCCGCCCCCUCCGGCCGAGACUCACCAAUCCAGAGCUGCCAGGAGAUCCCUCCAGUCAGCCACAGCCAAUCAGAGAGCCAGAUGGGCAGCAAGAGCAGCCACUCAGGUGCGGAUGCUGAUGAAUCCUCCAGCAGUAUCUCCACAUUAGAGAGAUCUUUAGCUGCCAGAAGAGCGACGCGCACCAAGAUGAUGAUUCCCAUGGACUCACAGCCCAGCAACACAC